GUUCUUACCUUCUGCAUGUUCAGAUGUUCAGAGCAGGGGUUAAACACAGUUUAGCAGCGUGUGAUGUGAUGUGGUGUGCUGCAGCAUCUUCAGCUGUCACAUCACACCACUGUAGUCCAGCUGCAUCACACACAGUGACUGAUCUGCGCUUCAGUCUGUUUUUGAUAGCCAUCAAUCGAAGUGAUUGAUAUAAUGCGCUGUGUGAGCAAUUCAUAAAUGCAGGGCAGCACCUAGCAUUCACAUGUGGUGAGAAUUAAAGCAGCUAUCAGUGAGUGAAAGUGGCGACAUCCGUAAGAAAUAAUACAAAACACGUCAAUAAUAUAAACGAUUAUUUUACAGGUGGGUGCGGAAGGUGUUUGUAAACACAAAGCAUAUACAGAAGCGUACCUUCCUCCACUGUAGGGGGAGCUAUGAAUACAAUGCGAAUGCCAUAGUCAGUGAGUUGAAACCAUUUACCUGAAUUUCCUUGUGAUAAUCUGUGAAUAUUUAUCUUUGGCAUGAAAAUGGUGAACCCAGAGAAUCAGAGCACAAACAGAUGAUGGAAGAUUUUUUUCACUAGCAGGGUCCAUUCUCUGUGCUUUCAUUUUAAUAGUUUUCAGGGACAUUCAAGUCAAAUAUCUUAUCAACACUAGUUAUUAUUCUAAUCCUCUGCUGCCCGCACACUGUGGCACUGGAAGAUACAUGAGUGAUGAUUUGCUCUGAGAUUACUCAGAUCUUUGUACAAAGUCUGUCUAAAAUAAUAAUGCACACCACAUGUUGACUAACAACAGAGGCUCUUUUUUCAAUCUGGUUUAUUAGUCAACAGUUUAAACCCCUGGUAAACACUUUGUUAAUAUACGUUGAAAGGUUGAAAAAGACGCGUUCAUCUGUCAUCACUUUUUAAUAUAACAUUACGUCAUUUGAUAUUUGUUGCAGUCUGAACACUAGCCAUUUCUAAAUAGAUGUAAAAAGGUAAAACACAAAUCUGAGACAAUCACUGUAUAUAUUUGUAUUUGUGUGUGUACUACUGCCCCAUAUCUAUAUAUAUGUAAUAUAUACGUUAGAGACUUAUUUUGGUUUUAUUAUAUACAUGUAUAUAUAUAUUAUAUUAUUACAAAACAAGUUUAACAGGUUCAACAUAUUAGAUUUUAAAAACCGUUUUCCCUUCAGCUCCUCUGCACUCCAGAAUAUUUCAGUCUUUCAAUCAAUUUCAUGCGACAGUAAUUCUGUAAAAUUGUGAAAGGUUUCUGCGCUGCCAAAGCAAAGAUCAAACCACACACUCUGUAUUCAUCGGGUGUGUUUUCACUGUUGCAGAAUAAAAAACAAAUAAACCUUCUUCUCACUGCUGCAGACCCAGGUCGGCUGAGCUGCUGGGUACUGUUUCUGUUGAGCCAAUACACGUGCACUUCAGUCCUGUGAGAGUCAGUGUUGAGGAGUGGAGGUGGUGCGAUGAGAUCUGUGUCCCUCCUGAGGAUGGUGUUCUUCAUGUUCACUCUGCUCAUGGCCCAGUAUUCACUUAAACCUUUAGUAGAAAAAGGCAGAUGAAGACGAAGAUGAAUAAUGUUGUACAGCACAGUUAUAACGGUCACUUAAAAUCUGCUGGGGAGUUAGUAAAAUAUGGAAAAAAUACUCAAAAGUUUAACCUCAAAUAUUACCACGUUGGAUGUAGCUAACAUCUGUCUUCAGACUCAGACGUUUGAGACUUAUUUUGGUUUUAUUUCUCUUUAUUCCUCAACCCCAACUUGAAACUAGAGACUAGAAAACUUUUGAAUCCCCUGGACAUCGACCUUUAACCUUGAACCUUGAACACUUAGGGUUCUACCAAAACAAACUGUUUCUGAUCAGUACAUUUAGUUUAGUGCUUGUAUUCCCUGUGUUUUGGUGAAAUGGUCAGACAUUGGAUACAGUAUAUGUGUGUGUGUGUGUGUGUGUGUGGAUAUUUCACUGAAAUUAAACUGGCAUGGAUCAGAGUACUGUGUAAAUACUGCUGCAGAAAUAAACAAACACUCGCACACAUUUGUACAUAAGGUUGAAACCAGUGACAGCUGCUCAACCAUCAGCUGUUCGUACCAACACAGGCUUAAAUAGAUUGUGAUGAUUAAACCCUGGUUCCUCUCUUCAGCUGUGUUGGUGGGAGUCAUGGCUGUGAUGUCACUCCUCCUUCUCUCCAUGUUGCUCCUCACCACCCACUCUCCUGGUCGAGCGUCUCCAUCAUGUCCAGUGAGCUGUCGCUGCUACAGCCUGACGGUGGAGUGUGGCUCCACCAGCCUGAAGGACAUUCCUAAACAUGUCCCACUGUCAACACAGGUCUGUUUGUUCUCUGACAUCACCGGAUGUUUGAUUCAGACAGUUCAACAUCAGUCUGUGCUUAUCUUCUUCCAGACCAUCUUCCUGCAGGACAAUGUGAUUGGGCAGAUUCGUCGACAUGACCUUGUGACCCUGAGACAUCUUCACUACUUGUACCUGCAGAACAACACCAUCUCAGCGGUGGAGCCGGGCUCCUUCCAGAACCAGGGCCAGCUGCUGGAGCUGGCUCUGAAUGGGAACCGGAUCCACUUGGUCACUGCCGACAUGUUUAAAGGACUUGAACACCUCCGUAUUCUUUACCUGGCCAGAAAUGACAUCACCCGUCUGCUUGACCACACCUUUCGUGGAUUACAGCGCCUCCAGGAGCUCCACCUGCAGCACAACAGCAUAGACACAUUAGCAGACCAGGCUCUGGCCGGUCUGACGUCUCUGGCUCUGCUGGACCUGAGCAGAAACAACCUCCACACCAUCGGCCCUGCAUCACUGCGACCACUGGUCAGCCUGCAGGUGCUGCGCGUCACAGAUAACCCCUGGCGCUGUGACUGCGCCCUCCACUGGCUGAGGAGCUGGAUUGACGAAGCGGGUCAGCGGCUGCUCAGCUCUGCAGAACGGCGUCUGGUCUGCACCGAACCUCCACGUCUGUCCCACCUCAGCCUAGUGGAGGUCCCUCUGAACAGCCUAGUGUGCAUCCCCCCUCUGGUGCAGCUGGAGCCCAGGAGGCUGGCCGUGCGUCUGGGAGAGAGCCUCAGGGUGUCCUGUCAUGCUUCGGGGUAUCCUCGGCCUGAGGUGACCUGGAGAAAAGCCUCCCCAGCGAAAGUGUCUCUCUCUCCUCGAGGCCUGGUUCAUGAGGUAGGGGCUGCAGGAGGUGGAGGAGGUGGAACUGAGGAGCCGUCAGAGGAGAACCGGGUCAUUCUCCAGAAGAAUGAGGGCGAGCGCUUCGACCCAGACACUGGCAGCGGAAUGUUGUUCCUCAAUAAUGUGACAGUGGCAGAGGCUGGUUUCUACGAAUGCGAAGCCUGGAAUGCAGGGGGCGUGGCCAGGGUGACCUUUCAGCUGGCCAUUAACUCUUCCACUUCCUCCUCCUCCUCCUCCAUCUGGGCUUCAUGGUCCCAGAUAUCCUCGCCUUAUUCCCCAAUGUGGCCGCGGCUUAGGAACCAUGGGCCUGCUCUGGGUUCGGACGUGAGCCGGGAACCUCUGUACGCCCUGGGCAGCAUGGCCUUUGGCGCCCUGGGAGCAGCCACACAGACGGCCAUCGCUGUGGGCAUCUCGCUGCUGGCUCUGACCGCUCUGCUGCUGGUCGCUAUGAUUUGGAGCCGACAUCACCAACGGGACAAGGAGGCGGAUGGAGCAGAGAAGGAGGAGAGCAUCCUGUACGUGAACGACUACUCUGACGGCCCCACCACCUUCGCCCAACUGGAGGAGUACCGUGACGAACGCGGCCAUGAGAUGUAUGUCCUCAACAGGGCGAAACCUGUGCUGCCUCCAGCUCCGCCCACUGCUGUCUCCACCACUAAUCUGGGCUGUCCUGCUCUGUCUGAUACCUCCAGCCACACCUUGUCCACAGAACCCAGCCAGACCAUGACUCCAACCUUGGCCCCUAACAAACUGCAGCAGCAGCAGGAGCAGGAGGGGGGCGACAUACGGACAAUGAGGAGAAUGGCGGGAGAAGGCGGGGAGGCAGAGCCUGUGAUCACAUCAGAGGUCGAAGGGAUGUUUCUAAAUAACACUGGCUUGUUCAUCGACUCUCAGAUCGCCUACGAGAUCCACUGCUGAAGGUGCGGGAGUGCCCCCUGCUGGAGCAAAGUGUGUCUGGGUGAAAUUGUGCAUUCAUUCAUCUCUGUUUACAUCAACGCCUGACAGGAAGUGGUGUUCAACCGCCGCCGACCGUGAUUAGCUUGUGUUCAGAGUGGUUGUGACAAAUGAAGAGAAAGCUAACAAUGUGCUCGUUCUCGUCAAAGGUCAUGCGAGCAGCUUGCUUUGACCUGAAGUAGAAGUAACCGAUUGUGUCACUUCCUGUUUUGGUUGUGCAGUGUGUUCUACAGCUUCCUACAACUCAACUACCUUCGACACAUUGAUCUUUCACCCACUGUUAGCAACUCCAUGGCUAACUCGCUGUCUGUAAGACCUCAAACACGAAAGUCACACACGGUAUGUUGAUUGCCUUAGACUUGGUGUUAGCUUUGCCAUUAGCAUUUCACCCACUCGGUGUCAGUGAUGACAGUCAGUCAACUUAGGAAUUGUGGGCCACCGAGCACUGCACUGAUGUGACCACUGAAAUCCCAGGAAUUUCCUAAUGAAGAGCUGUUGUCUGAAAGAGUUUACACCACAUCUAUCGGUCUGAAGUGGUCAGAGUGGAAACCUACAGCCAUGCAUGCCAAACAUCGUUGGUGAAAAACCAUCCAAAGGCCGUUCGCUCAAACACCAGUGUGAUAACUGAGAAGAACUGAACUCAACUACAUCGGUACUGUGCAGGAUCAACAGCUUCUAACAAAGAUUUUCACUGUCAUUGUUGUCUGUCAACCACCGGUUUUUAUGGUCAAUAGGAAAGACUGGUCACCUGGUCAACAUGUGUGUCAAAAUAACUGUCUCUCAUUGACCCACAUCUUUUCUUAAGACUUUGGGUGUGACAAGUUUUUCUCAUCAGCCUUUAGGUCAAAAAAGGAAAAAAAAAGUGUGAGUAAAACUUUGGACCCACACUGUAGACACCAGGACACAGUCACAAGUUUGGGCUUGUACGUGGGUCAUGUGAAAGACGAUUAUGGCCCACUUUUGUUCCACUGGAUGGAGUGUGACGAAACCUCCCUGAGCAGAGCAUGGUCAGCUUUGAUUUAUUUUGAGCCUUGUGUUAUUGUCUUUGACUUAAAACACUAAACUUUGCUUUCACUGAUAUUAUUAAAUAUGACGGAACCAUGGACGGCCCUUUUUGUUGCAAACCUUCUGUCCUUAUCUUCUUCAUAGCUAUUUUUCUGUGCUCAUGCAUAAUUAGCUGAUGAUUGGACAAUAAGUGCAGAAUUAAACAUGCCACACCAACUAUUUACAGUUUAUAGUCCAAUACUUGCUGCAAAACAUCUUCUAAAACAUCUAUUUAACCUGUAGUUGACAUGACGACAGCAUCAACUGUUUAAUGUCGUCUCUAAACUGGAUUUUUUUACCCAGUCCAAAUGAUCUGAAGGUGGAGAAACACUCAGACAUGGGAUUAAAGUUCCUGUGUUCUCAGAUCGUUUAAGCAGAGAAUUACCAGGACCGGUAUGAUGGUAUAGAUCCAUCUGUGGUUCUAUAGUUGGCGUACAUUCAUUAGCAUACCUGUCAGUUCUCUGCCUGAAAACCUUCCCUUCUCUGUGCAAAUGAACUCUGCUGCCCCCUGGACUGGGUUCAGUGUGGACCAGAGAGACUGACCAUUCCUGACCUGUUUGUUUGCUUAACGUUUUUCUGGCAUCAGCUUGUGGUUUACAGAAAAGAGCAGUGAAAGUUAAGGACUGCAUCGGGUUUUCACUAAUCCAUAUUUGCCAUCAAGGCAGCUGAUGACCGAAGAGUCCAAAGUUGUUGGGUUUUUUGUUGUAUAAAGUAAUAAACUUUUUGUGAAAAUGCUGAAA